GCUCCCACCUCCCUCAGUGCCCUGAAGGAGCCUGGUCCUGGCUCUCUGGGUGGACUGUACCUUCGACUCCCGGAAACCCCCGCCAUAGGGCCCCCGCCGCUGCCUGGAGGGCUCUCCUUGUCUUCUCAUCCCCUGGAGGAGAGCAGGGCCAUGGGUUGGCCUCUGCUGCCACCCCUGCUGCUGCUGCUUCUGCUGCUGCCACCACCAGCAUUUCUUCAAGCUGAUGGCUCAGCAAGAUCCAAGCCACGCUCUGACUUUGGGGUCAUCCAACCUGAAUACCUCUCAGCCCCCAUCGGAGGCUCCAUCCAAAUCCCCUUCUCCUUCUAUUACCCCUGGGUCUUAGCCAAAGUUCCCAGAGUGAAUAUAUCCUGGAGACGGGGACACUUCCACGGCAAGUUCAUCUACAACAGAAGCCCGCCUUACAUCCGUGAGGAUUACAAGAACCGGCUCUCCCUGAACUGGACAGAGGAUCAGAGGUCCGGCUUCCUCAGGAUCUCGAACCUGGAGAAAGGCGACCAGUCUGUGUACUUCUGCCGAGUCUAUCUGACCACACGGGACGUAGGCAGGCAGGUGUGGCAGUCCAUCCAGGGGACCAACCUCACCAUCACCCUCGCUGAUAAGACCACCCAGAGACCCACCAAUGCCACCACAACCACUGCAGCCACCACAGCCACUGUAGCCACCACAGCCACUGCAACAACCACAGCUGGUGUCAAGGUCACAGAGGACAAAGAGAGCUCAGGGUCUCAGCCCCUGAGUUUGGAGACUGCAUUCGGGGCAGCUGCAGCCAUUGCUGUGCUCAUUGUCAUGAUUUUCGGACUGAUGGUCUUCCUCAGGUGGAAGAGAAGGAAAGGUCAGCAGACUAAAGCCACAACCCCAGCCAGGGAAUCCUUCCAAAACAUGGAGGAGAAAUAUGAGAAUAUUGGGAGUAAACGGCAAUAUGGAGACCCCAACCUGAACCCCAAGGAUGAUAUCGUCUAUGCCUCCCUUGCCCUCUCCAGCUCCACCUCACCAGGAGCACCACCCAGCCACCCAGACCACAGUGGUCCCCAGGAAGAGACUCUGUACUCUGUCUUAAAGGCCUAACCAAGGCCUAACCUCUCAAGACUGAAUGAUGAGGCCAGGCAUGGUAGCUCAUGCUUAUAGUCUCAGCUAUGCGGCAGGCUGACACAGGAGAGCUUGAGGCCCAGAAGGUCAUGGCCAGCGUGGGGA